AUGCACUCCACUUCCAGUAUGCUGGGAGCGGUGAAAAUGGAAGGCCAUGAGCACACGGACUGGAGCAACUACUACGGGGAGCCCGAGAGCUAUUCCUCGGUGACCAACAUGAACGCGGGGCUGGGCAUGAACAGCAUGAACACGUACAUGACCAUGUCGGCCAUGAGCACCACGGCCAACAUGACGGCUGCCACCUCCAUGAACAUGUCCUACGCCAACACGGGCAUGAGCCCCUCGCUCACCGGCAUGUCCCCGGGCGCGGGGGCCAUGCCCGGCAUGGGCUCGGCCGGCGUGGCGGGGAUGGGCGCUCACCUGAGCCCCAGCAUGAGCCCCAUGACGGGGGCCAUGCCCGGCAUGGCCCCCUACACCAACAUGAACUCCAUGAGCCCCAUCUACGGGCAAUCCAACCUCAACCGCUCGCGGGACCCCAAGACCAACCGGCGGAGCUACACGCACGCCAAGCCGCCAUACUCCUACAUCUCCCUCAUCACCAUGGCCAUCCAGCAGUCGCCCAACAAGAUGCUGACGCUGAGCGAGAUCUACCAGUGGAUCAUGGACCUCUUCCCCUUCUACCGCCAGAACCAGCAGCGCUGGCAGAACAGCAUCCGCCACUCGCUCUCCUUCAACGACUGCUUCCUCAAGGUGCCCCGCUCCCCGGACAAGCCGGGCAAAGGCUCCUUCUGGACGUUGCACCCCGAUUCGGGCAACAUGUUUGAGAACGGCUGCUACCUGCGCCGCCAGAAGCGCUUCAAGUGCGAGAAGCAGCUGGCCGCCAAGGACAGCGGCGGCGGGAGCGGGCGGUCGGGGCGGGCGGCGGGGGCAAGAAGGGGCCCGGGCAGCCCCCCAGCCAGCCCCUGGGGGAGUGGCAAGCUCCUCGGGGGGCUCCGAGGGCUCGGACCGGUGCCGAGUCCCCCGGCCAGCGCCUCGCCGUGCCAGGACCACAAGCGCGCCCUGGCCGACCUGAAGGGCACGCCGGGGCUGAGCCCCGGGGAGCCGGCGGCCCUCCCCAGCCCAGCACCAUCCUGGCCCCCCCCGCACGCCGGCCUGCCCCACGACGCCCACACCUCAAGCCCGAGCACCACUACGCCCUUCAACCACCCCUUCUCCAUCAACAACCUGAUGUCCUCCUCGGAGCAGCAGCACCACCACCCUCACCACCACCACUCCACCACCACCACCACAAAAUGGACUCUGAAGGCCUACGAGCAGGUGAUGCACUACUCGGGCUACGCCUCGCCCAUACCCGGCAGCCUGGCCAUGGGGCCCGUAACGAACAAAACCGGCUUAGAGUCCUCCCCUUUAGCCGGAGAGACUUCUUACUACCAAGGUGUGUAUUCCCGGCCCAUCAUGAACUCCUCCUAA